CUCUGAACCUCGAACUUUCUAUACCUCAUAUUCUUCCUCUCAUUCACGCAUAUUCAUUUUCCCUUUCCCCUUCUGUAUCUACAACCAAUGGCUUCCGAGCCACAGCAUUACUUCCUUACAUAUUAUACCUUUCUUUUUGUUUCAGGGAAAGAUGGCUACGCAAGCUCCCAGACCCCGAGUAGGAACUCCUUCAGUUCCGAAAGCGGUGCCGGGAAAUACGAAUUCGAUUGCCGCUCAGUAUGCGCGUGCAAAGGCCCUCAAAGAUGCACAGGAGAAGGGCGGGUUGGAUAGGAAUGGGAGGGUGAAGAGUCCGUUGGUUAGGUUGAAUGAGUGGAAGGCUGCGAGGUUUGGGAGGGAGUGGGUUUGGGGGUGGGGAUUCUUUGGGUGGUUGUUCUUUAUACAUAUUACGGGACUGUAUUUCUUUACCCGCGGCUUCCUGCUUACUCGACUCGUUCUGGAAGAGAAGUCCUUGUGUGCGGAACCUCCUGUUACGCUGAGUGCGAGUUAUAAAGGACUUGGCGACCCGGAAAAUGGAUGUUGGCAUCCGAAAACUUUCGAUAAAGCGAUUGUGCUUAUCAUCGAUGCCUUAAGAUACGAUUUCACGGUUCCGUUCGAGGCAAGUGGUGAGGAUCCAGCGCAGGCCUAUCAUAAUGCCUUGCCGUUCUUAUGGGAGACUGCAAUAAGGGAACCGCAAAAUGCGUUCCUGCUCCCUUUCAUUGCGGAUCCGCCUACGUCGACGCUGCAACGAUUGAAAGGGUUGACGACGGGGACGCUGCCAACGUUUAUUGAUAUCGGUUCGAAUUUUGCGGGGACGGCGAUCGAGGAAGAUAAUUUGUUGAUGCAGAUGAGGGAUGCGGGCAAGAGGAUCGUGCAUUUGGGGGAUGAUACCUGGACGGCUCUAUUCCCUGGCUAUUUUGAGGGGAAUAUAAGUCGAGCGUACGACUCUUUUAAUGUGUGGGAUUUGCACUCGGUGGAUAAUGGUGUCAAUCAGCACAUUUUCCCAUUACUGGGAGAGAGGAGGAAGGACGAGUGGGAUGUGAUGGUUGCGCAUUAUUUGGGCGUGGAUCAUGCGGGGCAUAGGUAUGGACCGAAUCAUCCGGCUAUGACGGGAAAGCUGCAGCAAAUGGAUGGGGUGUUGAGGGAUGUUGUUAGGGCGUUGGAUGAUGAUACCCUGUUGGUGGUUAUGGGUGAUCAUGGAAUGGAUGCCAAGGGAGAUCAUGGUGGUGAGAGCGAUGAUGAGGUUCAAGCUGCGUUGUGGAUGUACUCCAAGAAAGGAGUAUUUGGACGCACGCAACCGAGCUUUGUAACGCCUCCGCUGCAUGCUAAGGAGAGACCGGUUGAUCAGAUCGAUUUGGUUCCUACCUUGGCUUUGCUAUUGGGAUUACCAAUUCCUUUCAAUAAUCUGGGGAAGCCGAUCGAAGAGGCGUUUGCUGGCAAGAAAGGCAAUGCUUGGGAGAAUCUCGCGAAUGUGGUGAGGACGACUGCUGCUGGAAUCAAGAGAUACCAAGCUGCGUAUUUCGCUGCUCGUGGUAUUGACGAGAGCACUAUUGAUGGAUCUCCACGCGCUCUAUGGACUCUGGCUGAGAACACGCUUGCUGGGAAUGGAAAACAACAGAUGUGGCAAGACGCUUACAGGACAUUCUCAGAAUAUCAGGAGAAGAACCUCAAGGUAUGCCGGGACUUGUGGGCUCGAUUUGAUGUGCCUAGCAUGUGCUUAGGCAUUGUCAUUCUUGCUGCUGGUGUGGUGUCCCUUAUGCUAUUUGCGAAUUGCAAUACGGAUGAUAAUACAGCUAUUGUUGAUGCUCCUGAAUUGGAUCGAACGGAGCUACAGCUAGAAAUCGACGAGUUUGCCAAGGGCAAUCCACCCACAGUCACAGAAGAAACUACUAGUCGCUCACUAGUGAGAGGUGCUUUGAUCGGCUCCCUCCUAGGAGUCGCAGCUGGUCCGACAGUCUGGAUAGCUACUGGUGGUGGAACACUACUUGACUUUGGUCUUGCUCUUACUUCUGUCUCUGGUUUGAUAGGCGUGCUAUACCAAGAGAUGAGGAGAAGGAUGGCUUUUGGUAACCCUUUCCCUACUUCUUUCUGGGGCUGGCUUGCCGUCAUCUUUACCGUCAGCCAAUCUAUUGGCUUUGCCUCCAACUCGUACACCAUCUGGGAAGAUUCCAUUACUUUGUUCUUCAUCAGCACCUUUGGUAUUGCAACGGCAGCAUCCUCUUUACGGUUAGAGAAGAAGUCAGAAAUGACUCUUGGAGUCUAUCACUCUCUUGUCUUUGUUGCUUUGGGUUGGGCAGCUUCGUUCUCGAAACUGUGCAGAGAAGAGCAAAUGCCCUAUUGCAGGUCGACGUACUACGCUUCUGCAAAUUCUUCUACAUCUGCUCCCUGGCAACUUAUCAUACCCUUUGUGGUUGCCAUCGUCUUACCUUCUAUCAUCAAGUCUUACUACACUAGCAGCCGAAAUUAUGAAGGUCUAGCACCUUUAUGGAUUGGCUGGGCAUUCCGGGCUGGUCUAUUCAUGAGCGCUGUAUUCUGGACUUUGGAUGCUGCUGACGAUGGAGAAUGGUUUCCAAACCUUGGAAAGAAUACACUCAAAAGCCUCCGUGUGCCUAUGGCUCAGACCGUCUUUGCCAUGGCACUCGGAGCUGGCUCUGUAGCAUUCGGCUGGGCUGACCCAUGCGUCUCAAUCACCACAGAAGCUGUUCCAAACGCUGCCUCUUACACCGACGGACCAAGUGCAACACUCACCGUCCUCGGAUACGCCAACACCCACGGUACCCGCUACUUCCUCCUCGUCAUCAACCUCCUCCUCUGCAUCCUCAUGGUUCAAAAACCCAUGGGCGGAGGCGCCAUCUCCCUCAUGACCUGGCAGAUCUUCUCCCUCCUCGAAAUCCUCGACCUCAACUCCCUAACCACCUCCCCAAUCGGCCCCGUCCUCCUCGCCCUCCUAGGCUCCUUCCACUUCUUCAAAACAGGCCACCAGGCAAGCCUCGCCUCCAUCCAAUGGGAAUCAGCCUUCAUCCCCCUCCACACCAUCAAAUACCCGUGGUCACCCCUCCUCGUCGCGCUCAACUCCUUCGGCGCCCAGAUCCUGGCCGCGGCAGCCGUGCCCCUCGUCGUGCUGUGGAAACAGAAACCGCAGAAGAAGGGGAUUCUGAAGAGUGUGCUGAGGGCCCUGGCGUGGCAUGUGGCGUAUUAUGCGGUAGUGGGAUUGGCGACGACGAUGUGGGCGGGGUGGCUAAGGAGGCAUUUGAUGCUGUAUCGGAUUUUUAGCCCGAAGUUUAUGACGGCUGCGUUGGUGCUACUUGUUGUUGAUAUAGUAGGGUUGGUGGUUAGUCUUGUGGGGGUGAGGUGGAAUACUUGGAAGGUUGGGGAGACUUUUGGGUGGGGUUAAAAGAGUGUGGGAAUUUGUGUAAAAGUAUAGUGGAUGGGUGUCUUUAUGGGAUGGCAUUUUUCGUUUGGUAUAGGAUUGCAUAGCGAGGGCAUUGAAGGAAUUGCACUACUACUUGGAUCGUUCUUCAACCUUGUUUUCUCGGGCAUUAAGGAAUUGUGAAGGAAUCAUAUCCUCGAUUAGCAGAUAUUGACUAAGACGUGAAUGUAAUGUCCUAGCUCAAGUCAAAGUCCGACAUUCAGGAUGAUCGCUAGGUCAAGAAGAGCGGAUUUGAGUUUUGAAUGUCAGGUCUUAGCUCUGGAAUUUCUGCAGCAAAAAUCUGCAUCCGCGAUAGAAACCCU